GGGAUCACCGGGGUCCAGGGCGGCGGGAGUCUGCGACCUGAGACGCGGCCCCGCGAGCCGGGGUGCGGGUCCUGGCUAAGACCACACACCGCAUGGCGCCCCCGGGACGCUGAGGGCCACCAUGGCCCUGGAGCGGGCAUUGCAAGCGUCGCGUCAGGGGGACCUAGAGACCCUGAAGGCGCUGCAGCGGGCCGGCUCGCUGCUGCCCACUCUGCGGGACCCGUUAGAUGCUCUGCCCGUGCACCACGCGGCCCGGGCGGGCAAACUGCAUUGCCUGCGCUUCCUGGUGGAGGAGGCGAACCUGCCCGCCACUGCCCGCGCCAGGAACGGGGCCACUCCGGCCCACGACGCCGCGGCCACUGGCCACCUGGCCUGUCUUCAGUGGCUUCUCACGCAGGGCGGCUGCGGAGUGCAGGACAAAGACAAUUCAGGUGCCACAGUCCUACAUCUGGCUGCCCGGUUUGGUCACCCUGAGAUAGUGGAUUGGCUGCUUCGCUUUGGAGAGAGCGACCCUGCCUCGGCCACAGACACUGGAGCCCUGCCCAUUCACUAUGCUGCCGCCAAGGGAGACUUCCCCUCACUUCGACUUCUUGCAAGCCACUAUCCAAAGGGGAUAAGUGCCCAAACCAAGAACGGUGCCACGCCCCUCUACCUGGCCUGCCAGGAGGGCCACCUGGAGGUGACGCAGUACCUGGUGCAAGAGUGUGAGGCUGACCCCCACACGCGUGCCAGUGAUGGCAUGACCCCUCUUCACGCUGCUGCCCAGAUGGGCCACAGCCCCAUCAUCGUGUGGCUGGUGAGCUGCACCGACAUCAGCCUUUCAGAGCAAGAUGGUGACGGGGCCACCGCCAUGCACUUUGCUGCCAGCCGGGGCCACGCCAAGGUGCUCAGCUGGCUGCUGCUGCAUGGCGGGGAGAUAACCACUGACUUGUGGGGUGGGACCCCCCUGCACGAUGCUGCUGAGAACGGGGAGCUGGAGUGCUGCCAGAUCCUAGUAGUGAAUGGGGCAGAGCUGGACAUCCGGGAUCGGGAUGGUUACACAGCCGCCGACCUCUCGGACUACAACGGCCACAGCCAUUGUACCCGCUACCUUCGAAGUGUGGAAAACAUGAGCGUGGAACACCGAGCCCUAUCUCGGGACCCAUCUGGAGAGCCAGAGGGCAAGCAGCCAGACUCGGGCAUGUCUUCUCCCAAUACCACCAUGUCGGCUCCAGCCCCACACUUCGACCUCUGCUCUCCCACCAGCACUCUCUCCAACUACGACUCCUGUCCCUCCAGCCGAUCCAGCACCCGAGGCCACUUGGGUGGCCCAGGGCCUAGGCUUCGAAACUCAACUGUCACAGACAUGCAGACCUACAUGGACAUGCUGAAUCCUGAGAUGGGCCUUCACUGCAGGAAGAGGGGAGGUCCCAGUACCCCACCACCCCCACCAAGCUUUCCUCCACCGCCUCCUCCCCCUGGCACUCAGAUGCCCCCACCCCCUCCUGCCUAUCCUGCUCCCAAGCCCCCCAGUGGGCAGCACACAGCUGAUAUCUACGUUCAGGCCAAGAGUAAACUUCGGCAUGUGGAGAGAGAAGCCCUGAAGAGGGAGCUGAGCUCCCGCGACGGCCACGACGGGCUGCGGCGGGUGGACUCGGGCCGGAAGUCCCGCAGCUUUGGCAAACAGCCCAGCACCGGGGACUAUUACCGCCAGCUCGGCUACGGCCCCGGGGAGCCCUUGGCAGCCAGUCUGGGGAUGGCCCAUAGCGAGGAGGCCGCUCUCCUCUCUGGUAGCCACGUGCACAACGGCAGUGUCGCAGACCACCGGGUGUCAAGGGACCUCCCGCCCCCGCCCCCGCCCCCGCCCUUGCCCGAAGCCCUGACUACACCGCCUCCACCGCCACCUCUGCCCAUCGAAGGGUCCGGGCCCAUUUGCAGCCAGCGCCGCUCCUCCUCUUCCACGAGCAGUACCAAGUCCUUCAAUAUGAUGUCCCCAACGGGAGACAACUCUGAACUCCUGGCAGAGAUCAAAGCUGGCAAGAGUUUGAAGCCAACGCCACAGAGCAAGGGCCUCACCACAGUCUUCUCAGGCAGUGGACAGCCCUCUUCUCUGGUAAGGCAUGGAGCCCCCUCGUCGGUCUCAUGCCUCCAGCCUCAGUCUCUGGAAGCCUCCUGUGGGAGUGUUCUCGAUCACCAUGCCUUCCCUUUCCAGACGGAUGCUCCACCCCUGUCUCCAUCACUGACCCGGGCCAGGAGCCCCACUCCACCAGCCACUUCCGUUCCAGAGGCAGAAGGAGACCCCCACCAGCCUGUUCUCAAUGGCAGUUUGGCCCCACCGCUGACUGUGGCCCAGAACUUGCAGCUGGAUGUUGAGACUGUGAUCCCCACACAUGAUGAGCAGGGACGCCCCAUUCCCGAGUGGAAGAGGCAAGUGAUGGUACGGAAGCUGCAGAUGAAGAUGCAGGAGGAAGAGGAGCAGAGGCGAAAGGAGGAGGAGGAGGAAGCCCGUCUAGCCAGCAUGCCUGCCUGGAGGAGGGACAUCCUUCGGAAGAAGAUGGAGGAGGAGAGGGAGCAAAAACGACAAGAAGAGGAGAAACUGAGGCAGGAGGAGGAGCGACGGGAGAAGGAGCAGUCCGAGAAGCUCAGGACACUGGGGUAUGACGAGACCAAACUGGUGCCCUGGCAGAAACAGAUAAUCCUGAAGAAAGGAGACAUUGCGAAGCAUUAGGUGCUGCGAGGGCCCUCCCUCCUCCCGCCCCCGCCCCAGCCUUUGCUGUGACUCACUCCGCCAGCCCCUCCCUCAGAGCUUCUGGGGCGGGGGAGAGAACUGGGGAGAGAGGAUCCGGAUAGGGCUUGGCGCGAUGCGGGAUCUGGGCUCUACCUCUGGAAACAAACCCUCCCCUAAAGCCCUGGUCCCUCAGUUUCUCCCCGACUCUCAGCCCCCACUCCCUCCCCCAUCACACAAUGUAUCCGUGUAGCCACCUCCUUCUUCCCUAGAUCAUCCUCCAUCCCCACCUCCGGGCCCCACAGUCCCGGGGAAACUGUGCCGCAGUCCGCAUACAAAAAGUGCCCAAGCUGAGGACUCGGAGACAACCGCUGCUGAUUUGCAUGCUAGUUUGCAUAUGAUUUGCAUAGCAUCGAACGUCAAAAUGUACGACUAGCUCCCAAACCCCGUGGGUGGUUGUUUUCCCUGGUCCCUUUUCUGGGUACAGCCAGAUCUACAGCCUCCGCCCUGACUCCUACUCCCCACGUUCGGGAGGGCUGACCUAGAGCGGCCUGGGACGUGGGGGGAGGGGACAAGAAAGGGGCGUGCGGAACUGCAGCUCUGUGGGGCUCUUUAAUUAGUAUUCUUCCCCUUCCAUCCAGCUUUUCCCCUAUCCGUAGUAAGGGAUCAAGGCCCAUUUCUCCCUUCCUCCCCCUCCUAUCCCCCCACCCCCUCCCCGGGCUUGGUCCUCCCUCCCUCCCUCCCUCUCUCAGUUUGCUUUCAGUCAUUUGUUUACCAGAAAGUGAAAGAAAAUUAGCUACCCUGGGGCCCGAACACCCACACUCCCCAGCCCCGCUUAUAUACUCAUUCCCUGACGACACGUAGCUUCUGCAGCCGCCUCGGGGGUACAGACUUCCGCAGCUGCCAUAUCACCCCCAAAGCCCUCCCCGGAACCCCGAGGCCCCCUCCCUAGGUCUUUACCGAGGGAAACUGUUGGGGGAAGGGCAGGGAGAGGAGCGGGAUGGGGCUUUUGUGCUUUCCUUGGUUUUUUUCCUAAAUGGUGUUUGUCACUUUCCUUCCGGCGCCCUCAGCGGAAAAGCCGGGGCCCACGUUCCCCACCCCUUCUUUUGCUCCAUUAAAGGAAUCCACCUGUUGUCCCAGGCUUGAGAAGUCUCGUUCAUUCGGUCAUUUUGCGUUUCUUUCUAGUUUCGACCCAAGUUUCUCCCUAGGGGAGGCGGGGCUUUGUACAGUGGGGCGGGAACCAAGGGAUCGGAGGGUCAUCUUUCCCAGCGACAAAGGAGCGCCCGGGAAAAGGGACGGAGGGAGGUUUGGGGUGAUUUCUUCGUCGUGCCCUUCCCCCCCCCCCUCCCGCCACCGGGUUCAUUUAGCUCCGGCCGCCUCUGGAACUUGACCCCAAUUCAUUCCACCUUCGGCGUCCUCGAGGAACUAAUCCACCCCACCCGCACCCCACCCGCGCCCCCCAAAGCGAUUACCCAGGCGGAUUUGCCAAGGCAAUUUAAUAAUAGCAAGUCGCCGCCGACCUCCUGGCUUUGACAGAGGUUAAUGUCCCCUGCCCUAACACAGACACUCCCUCGGCUUCCGAGAGGGAGGAGGGGGAGGCGAGGGAGAAGGAAUAACCCG